UCUCCCUUCCCACACCCGGCCUACCCCGCAUAACGCCCACCCAUACUGUGGCACUGGACACUCCGGGUAUGCGAGGCUAUUCCUCGAGUAGCCGCUAAGGGGAGCCGGACGCUGGACCGCCUCGCUGUUACCAUGACAACAGUGGGCGCGCUGUCUCGGGAGCUAAGUGCCGGCAAAAGCAGGUGUCUGAUUGCAGUGCGUUCGCGGUUGUUCCGGGAUUGCAUUGAGCCUCGGAGGCUCUCACAGAGUCUGCAUACUGAUACUCCACCUUUCCCUCGGACAGCUUCCUAAACCGGCGGGGACGCACUGAGUGAAAAUGGUCCAUCAUUCAGGCUCGAUUCAGUCCUUUAAACAGCAGAAAGGUAUGAAUAUGAGCAAGAGUGAGAUAGCAAAAGAAACUUCAUUAAAACCAUCUCGGAGAUCCUUGCCUUGCCUGGCCCAGAGCUAUGCUUACUCAAAGAGCCUGAGCCAGUCUACCUCACUCUUUCAGUCAAUUGAGAGUGAAUCUCAGGAUCCCACUUCUGUAACCUCAAUCUCCGCUGACAAAGCAGAGCAAGUUAACACUGAGGAAGAGAGAAAAGAUUCUGUGCUCAAAUGUUCUUUCACCGACCUCAGUGAUUUUUGCUUGGACCUAGGAAAAGAUAAGGAUUACACGGAUGAAUCAGAGCAUGCUAAUUAUGACCGAUCUCGCCUCAUUAAAGACUUUGUUCCUAAAAAUAAUUCUGAACCGAAGCCCAGAUUGCCUAAGAAUGACAUGAAUUACAUAGCAUCCAGUGGACUUCUAUUCAAAGAUGGCAAAAAGCGGAUUGAUUACAUCUUGGUUUAUAGAAAGUCAAAUAUACAAUAUGACAAAAGAAACACAUUUGAAAAGAACCUCAGAGCGGAAGGCUUAAUGUUAGAAAAGGAGCCAGCUGUUGCCAACCCGGAUAUCAUGUUUAUUAAAAUUCACAUUCCAUGGGACACACUGUGCAAGUAUGCAGAGAGACUGAAUAUUAGGAUGCCCUUCAGGAAAAAAUCCUAUUACACUGACCGGAGGAGCAAAUCAAUGGGCAGGGUGCAAAAAUAUUUUAGGAGAAUCAAAAAAUGGAUGUCCCAAAACCCAAUGGUUCUCGACAAGUCAGCUUUCCCAGACCUGGAGGAGUCAGACUGCUAUACUGGCCCCUUCAGUCGUGCACGGAUUCACCACUUCAUAAUUAACAAUAAGGACACCUUCUUCAGCAAUGCUACUCGAAGCAGAAUAGUGUAUCACAUGCUGCAGCACACCAAAUAUGAAAAUGGAAUAUCAAAAGUGGGUAUCUGUAAACUUAUAAACAAUGGCUCAUAUAUAGCAGCUUUUCCCCCCCAUGAGGGAGCCUAUAAGAGUAACCAACCCAUCAAAACCCAUGGACCUCAGAAUAACAGACAUCUGUUGUAUGAACGCUGGGCACGCUGGGGAAUGUGGUACAAGCAUCAGCCCCUGGAUUUAAUCAGGCUGUACUUUGGUGAGAAGAUUGGCUUAUACUUUGCUUGGCUGGGGUGGUAUACUGGAAUGCUGAUUCCUGCAGCCAUUGUUGGCUUGUGUGUGUUCUUCUAUGGAAUAUUAACAAUGAAUGCAAGUCAAGUAAGCCAAGAAAUUUGCAAGGCCACUGAAGUCUUCAUGUGCCCUCUCUGUGAUAAGAACUGCUCACUGCAGAGACUCAACGAAAGCUGUAUCUACGCCAAGGUGACAUAUCUGUUUGAUAAUGGAGGGACAGUCUUCUUUGCUAUUUUUAUGGCAAUAUGGGCCACAGUCUUCCUGGAGUUUUGGAAAAGGAGAAGAAGUACACUAACCUAUACUUGGGACCUUAUUGAAUGGGAAGAAGAGGAGGAAACCCUUCGUCCCCAGUUCGAGGCAAAGUAUUACAAGAUGGAGCGAGUGAAUCCUAUCAGUGGAAAACCUGAACCACAUCAGCCUUCCUCAGACAAAGUCACUCGUCUUCUUGUUUCUAUCUCAGGAAUAUUCUUCAUGAUUUCUCUGGUGAUCACUGCAGUGUUUGCAGUUGUGGUGUAUCGCCUGGUUGUCAUGGAACAGUUUGCAUCAUUCAAGUGGAAUUUCAUCAAACAACACUGGCAGUUUGCAACUUCCGCUGCUGCAGUCUGUAUCAAUUUUGUAAUCAUUAUGGCACUGAAUGUUGCUUAUGAAAAAAUUGCUUAUCUUCUCACUAAUUUAGAAUAUCCUCGAACAGAAUCUGAAUGGGAAAACAGCUUUGCUUUGAAGAUGUUCCUCUUCCAAUUUGUCAAUUUGAACAGUUCUAUCUUCUAUAUUGCUUUCUUUUUGGGGAGAUUUGUUGGCCAUCCGGGAAAGUACAAUAAACUUUUCAACCGGUGGAGACUGGAGGAGUGUCACCCUAGUGGCUGUUUGAUAGACCUUUGCCUCCAGAUGGGAGUUAUCAUGUUUUUGAAGCAAAUAUGGAACAAUUUCAUGGAACUGGGAUACCCGUUGAUCCAGAACUGGUGGUCACGACAUAAAAUCAAGCGGGGAAUUCAAGAUGCUUCCAUCCCUCAGUGGGAAAAUGAUUGGAAUCUGCAGCCCAUGAAUAUUCACGGACUGAUGGAUGAGUACUUAGAAAUGGUUUUGCAGUUUGGUUUUACCACCAUCUUUGUUGCCGCUUUUCCUCUGGCCCCCCUUUUGGCCUUGUUAAACAAUAUCAUCGAAAUCAGGCUGGAUGCAUACAAAUUUGUCACCCAGUGGCGGAGGCCUUUGCCAGCCCGAGCAACCGACAUAGGUAUCUGGUAUGGAAUUCUUGAAGGAAUUGGUAUAUUGGCUGUGAUCACUAAUGCUUUUGUAAUUGCUAUAACAUCUGAUUACAUCCCACGUUUUGUCUAUGAAUACAAAUAUGGCCCCUGUGCAACUCAUUUUGAAUAUAGUGAAAGUUGUUUAACAGGAUAUGUCAACAAUAGCCUAUCCUUCUUUGACCUGAGUGAACUUGGCAUAGGAAAAUCUGGGUAUUGCAGGUACCGAGACUACAGAGGUCCUCCUUGGAGUUCCAAACCCUAUGAAUUCACCCUACAAUACUGGCAUAUCCUCGCUGCUAGAUUGGCCUUCAUUAUUGUGUUUGAGCACCUUGUUUUUGGGAUCAAGUCUUUCAUCGCAUACCUGAUUCCGGAUGUACCAAAGAACCUAUAUGACCGAAUAAGACGGGAGAAGUACUUAGUCCAAGAAAUGAUGUACGAGGCUGAACUAGAACACUUGCAACAGCAGCGGAGAAAAAGUGGUCACCCUGUUCACCACGAAUGGCCUUAGUGGAUCUGUUGCCCAAUGGGGGCAAUACUGUUAGUGGACAUGAUGGCAAAUUACAAUUCUAGGUGGGAUCUAAGAGGAAGGCAUACCUGGCAAGCCACAUGUAUAAUAUGAUAUUUGAAAAUAUAUCACAGCCAUCUCUGGAUCUGAAAUAUCCAGUCUUCUAGGGAAGAAGAAAAAUGGCUCACGACCUUAAGAAAAAAAUGCUUAGAUUGACAUUGCAGGAAGCCAGGGUCUAAUUCUCAGAACCAGCCUCAGGGAGUUGUGUGUUUGGAAACCUCCACCUUCCAUCAACACAGUAUACUAGGGAGGGUGAUGAUGAGGUUUCUAAUGACAAAUGUCCAUGUAAAUGUACACAAGUCAGGCAUGACUUAAAAUAUCAUGUGGUCCUCAUGCGCACACUAAUCUGACUUUGGAACCUUAGGUUGAGCUGAGCUACUUACCAAGAAAUGACAAAUCAGUUAUUGUCUUUGCUGCCAGAACUCCGCGUCCCUUCAACUUACUGUUUUGUAGGAAUUUCCUUUGUUUCUUGCUGGGAUUUUUGGAUCUGUGUCACAGGAAAUUCAUGUUGUUUUUCACUGACUAUGCAGUUGAAGAGUUGCACAACUUCAGUAGUCAAACCAAAAAUCUAAGACUCCAAAAAGAACACCAUUCAUUAAAAUAAUACUCUAUUGCAUUGGCCGCAUUCAAAUCUGUUUUAUUAUUAGCAGAUUCACUUUCACUGCCUUUUUUUCUCCUUUACUAAAGGCCAAUGGAGUCAUAUUGUUAUAAAAUAUGGAUUUUCAUUCUCAUAUCGUUUAGAAGAUAAUGAAUCCGUAUUUACUGUGGAAGGCUGUUUUAUAGUAUACUUAAUUUCCACCUCCCUGAUUUAUUACAGUUCUCACAGAAUAACUUGAAAUGCUGUAAAUAUAUUGAUUUUCCUUGUACUUUUGCACCUUGCAAUAUGGAACACAAGUAAUUAAUACAAUUCAUGCAGCUCUGAGACCAGUUAUACAGUAUUCCAUUGUAGCUUGUUUAUUCAGGAAAACAGAAGCCAGAUGCUUUGCAACACGUAAGCUUUUCUAACAACGUGCACUCUUGCUCGUGAGCUGAUGAAAACAAUGCAUGAAUAUAAAUUUAUAUUAUUUGUAGAAUAACACAGUUUUUUGAAUUUUACUUUCUCUUCAUCACUGAAGGGAGUUUUCUGUUAUUUCUUUGGUAGAUUGAUUUGGUUUAUUUUUGAAAACUCAGUAGAAACAAAGUCAAAUUGAUUGUGAAAGAUACUGUUUUUCCUUGUUGUGGAGUUGCUGUUUCUCUGAACUCUGUGAGCAUGAAUGUUCACAGACUGAUGUUGGAGGAAGCAUUCAAAUAAAGAAAGUCUGGUGGAGGCAUAAACUACGGGGGCAGGAUGGGAAAAAAGAAAAGAGUUGAAUUAAGAAAAUAUAUAGUAGAAAUCAAGAUACUUUUUCUUGCAAAACAAAGCUAAUCUCAAUUUUCUUCUUCUGGGAAUGGGAUGAGGCAUGCAUAAUCGUGGUGGUUGUGGUUCAGUUGCUAAGUCAUGCCCAAUUUUUGAGACCUCAUGGACUGUAGCCUGCCAGGCUUCUCUGUCCAUGGGAUUCUCCAGGCAAAAAUAUUGAAGGGGUUUGCCAUUUCCUUCUCCAUGGGAUCUUCCCUACCCAGGGAUCGAACCCAAAUCUUGCACAUUGACAGGCAGGCUCUUUACCACUGAGCCACCAGAGAAGCCCGUAUGCAAUCAUGCAUUCAUAGACAUAUGUGAUUUUUUUGUGUGCUGUUUAAAGGUACAGUUAUUUCCAAAAUUUAUAAAGACCAGAUUAAACCCAAUGGAAAUAAAACUACUUUGUAUAUAUGCAAGGGUUUCUCUAGCAAGAAAAAUCAUAAAGUUUCUCUUCACUAUUUAAAAAAUGUUAACAAUGGAAGUGUUUUUUGUUUUGUUUUAUGUUAGUUUACCUUCUUUCUCUCCAGAGAUAAAUAAAUCACAGUGAUUGGUUGAUUUUUGUCAAAAAUACUUACUUCCCUACCUGCCCUCUGAUUCUGAGCAAGAGGAAGAACUUCAGACUCUAAAUGUCCCUCCCAUUCCCUUGUCUCAAGAGAAUGCCAUUCAGAUUCCAGAGAGGUUUUUUUUUCUGCCACCUGCCUAUUCACAGUAACUGGUUGUACUAACGGCACAAAGAAACUUUAAAUACUUCCAUUUUGUAGCAUCUACAUUUCCUUUUCUUUGUUGGUUAAAUGUAUACACAUGCCUGAGGAUAAAUACUUUCUAUGCUUAUUGAAGACAUAAAUGAACCUGACAUUUAUGUCCUUUUACAAUUAGGGAUGCAAGGCAAAGAUAUUUGCCUUAUAGUAAAGAAUAUGGAUAGCUGUGCCCUUGAGAAUUUGUCUCUUUCUGAGUUAUUUUUAUAUAACCAUAUAAAAUCGUAUUGAUGCCUAGCAGGAAUAAUAUGAAAAGAAAAAGGUAUUUUUAAUAAAAAUUAUAAUACAUUGAUUUAGGAAAUGCCUUCUCUGAUAUUUUUGAAAUCGAUGGAAAAAUAGAGAAACAAUGAAAAAAUUAUCUGAAAUUCUCCUUUUGUGAAUCAAUGCAGUAGAAUCUAGUUAUAUCUUCAUCAUUGUUGACUGCAAAAUAUUGACAGCCCCUCACAGUAUAUAAGUUUUAGACAACUGAGCUUUAGUUGACAAAAAUAUUUUAUAUCAUGGUUUUCAUAUGAAUACAAAUUAUUUCUCAAAGAUUUAUAUAACACACUAUUCUCAGGAAUUCUGUAUUACAUGAAUGCUGCUUAUAUAUUUUCUUAUUCUAAAUUGUUGUCUUUUCAAGCAGAUAACUAAUAUAUACAUAUAUGUGCAUGCUCUCAGCCUUGACAAGUUGCGCCAGGCUGUAGCAUUUUCAUUGUACAGUGUGUGGAAAAUCACUCUAGGUUAUAGCUGAAAUUGUUUGCAGUUGUCUGAGUCUGUGCACGCACUUUGAGAUAAAAUGUGCCUGAGUGACUGCAUGAGGAGAUACAACUUCUGAAUGCUGCAUAUUCUUCCAAAAUGACUCUUAGCACAAUCUGUUGUAGAAUGUGAUAAAAAGCAAUCUUUUUCACUCAAUAAAUUUUCAUGUGAGAUGGUAUUUUUUCUAUAAUAUGCAUGUUAAUUUAAUCCUAUUUGUUUUCUAAAUUUGA